AUGGCAAAGGAUUCACCGCGGGAUAUGCAGCGACUCUCGAGCCCCGACCCGGCUACAAGUGAGGGCAAUUCGUCAGUCCAGGUCCACCUUGAUUCUGCCAGCAACAGACAAUCGCGCUCAUCAUCGGUGCGGCGCUCGCCCUCGAGAGCCGUCGAGCCGUCCUUGGCACGACAAGCGACAGCGAACUCCAUCUCCUCGCUGUUUUCAUCACCGCCGUCAUCCCAGCUAUCCCAGAGUGACCGUGUCCCUGCCGAAGACGUACUGAGGGACCUCAUUGCUGCUACCGAAGCAAGCGGCGAUGCACUGAGGGGUGUCGUUCAUGGCGUGAAACGACCACGCGACAGCGAAGCAGCAGAUGAGCCCCUUCCAAAGCGGGAUAAGCUCACCGAGGAGCUGGAUCGCAUGUCCACGUCGCAAUCGCCACGCGCGCCCAUUGCAGUAUCGUCGGAAUCUUCGGCCUCGUCAUCCGCGAGGACAUCGCACGCCAACUCGGCCAACGGCGCUCCCACUGCCAGUCCUGGCGAUGCCCUCGUUACCCAAUGGACGCCGGGUACACUCGCCUUCAGAGCAAGCAGGCGGCGACCACCGGGGAUGGGUAAUAAUGGGACGGCCACGUCUCUUGGUGGUCCUCGAGAAAGAGCUGAGCCAGGCCACUCUACUGACGGCGAGUCGAACCAUCCGUCUGAUGGUUCUGAUUGUCAGGGAACAUAA